AUGUCGCGAUUGAUCGUGAAGAACCUCCCAAAUGGGGUGAGUGGAGGUCCGGGUCCUGAACCCUUGAGGUGGGCCGUCCGGGAGCCGCUGGUCCGGGCCAGGGGCGGCCGGGAGAAGGGAGGGGUUUCCGCUCAGGGCCGGGACGCGGGAGACGCGGAGCGCACGGGGGCGGGUCCCGGGCGCCUCUCCGCCCGACCUCGGGCCCGCGCUGCUGCUGCAGCUGCUGCUGGUGGUGGUAAUCGACUUGGUGGACUCUCAGCCGGAUGGCUCUGGUCCUCGGGGGUCUUUUGGAUGAAGGCGGAGCGUUUCCGGCAGCUUUUCGCCGCCUUCGGCACGCUGACCGACUGCAGCCUGAAGUUCACCAAAGAUGGCAAGUUCCGCAAGUUUGGUUUUAUUGGCUUCAAGUCUGAGGAAGAGGCCCAGGCAGCGCUGAGCCAUUUCAACAGGAGCUUUAUCGACACGUCCCGGAUCACAGACCACAGCAAGAAAAUAGUGCCAAGCGAACUGGAGAAGCUGAAGGAAGAUGGCGACUUCCAGGAGUUCCUGUCCAUUCACCAGAAAAGGGCCCAGGUGGCCACGUGGGCCAACGAUGCUCUGGACGCUGAGCCCCCGAAAGGGAAGAACAAGCCAGCCAGUGACUAUCUGAACUUUGACUCCGCCUCCGGGCAGCAGAAUGAGGAGGAGCAAGAAGCAGCCCAUGGUGAGACCCCAGAAGGUAAGAAGGCAGCUGAGGAAGGAGCAGAGGCCCCCACAGCCAAGACGGAGGAAGAAGAGGAGGAAGAGGAAGAGGAAGAGGAGAGCCUUCCUGGGUGCACCCUGUUUAUCAAGAACCUCAACUUCAGCACCACGGAGGAGACACUGAGGGAGGUGUUUUCCAGAGUGGGAGCAGUGAAGAGCUGCUCGGUGUCCAAGAAGAAGAACAAAGCAGGGCUAAGGAGGCGGUGGAGGGGCACAGCACUUUCUCAGCGUGCAUUUGACCUCACUGCUCUCCAGCACGGCAAAACUGAACAACAACACAACACGUCACCUCUACUGGUGGAGCAAGUGGCAAAUCUGUAUGCUUCUUCUGAGGUCUUGAGGGCCUUGUUUCUGAUGGGGCUUGUCAGGCAGGAGGUGCUCUAUUGAUACUAAACAGUUUG